AUGAUGACUGUUCUUACUCUACAAAAUAAUAAUCUUGUUGGCCAAAUACCUUCAGGUCUAGGAAAUUGUAAUAGUCUACUGUCCUUGAAUCUGGCUUCCAACCGCCUCAGUGGCAAAAUACCCACACAAGUUUUUGAAAUCACUACGUCUGUUCAUCUCGACCUAUCAAUGAACAAGUUUAAUGGGUCCCUUCCUGAAGAAGUAGGGCAACUCAAGAAUCUAGGUUGGCUUGGCGUUUCUGGAAACAUGUUGUCCGGUGAAAUACCAAGCACACUCAGUAGUUGUGUAGAGUUGACGAAUCUGUACUUGAAUGGAAAUUUUCUUCAAGGCGCCAUUCCUGGUGCAUUGAGCGAAUUGAAAGGUCUCAAUGUGUUGGAUUUGUCUAAGAACAAUUUAUCAGGUGAAGUACCCACUGGUGGAAUUUUCAGUAAUGCAACUGGUCUUUCACUAAAUGGAAUUAGGGGAUUGUGUGGAGGUAAGCCAGAGUUGAAGCUUCCUAAAUGCAACAAAAAGAACCAGAAAAAAAGCCUAGGUCACAAAAACAGAUUCAUACUUGGAAUAGUUUUCGGACUUCUUGGAAUUAUAUCGAUGGUGACAAUAUUUGUGUCACUUUAUAUCUAUUGGUAUAAAAAGAAGACUAAAUUACCCACACCCUUGGGUAAUUUUUCAGAGAACUAUCCAAAUUUGUCUUAUCAAACCCUUUUAAAAGCCACAAAUGGGUUUUCUUUUGACAAUUUGAUUGGGAGAGGCACAUUUGGGGCUGUAUACAAGGGAAUCCUUCAUGACCUUGUGGAAACAUCCAUUAUUGCAAUCAAGAUUUUCAACCUAGAGCAGCAUGGUGCUUCGAAGAGUUUUAUGGCUGAAUGUGGAGUCCUCCGGACUAUAAGACAUCGGAAUUUGAUCAAGGUCAUUACUGCUUGCUCAAGUGUUGACUAUCAAGGGAAUGACUUCAAGGCUUUGGUUUAUGAGUACAUGGUUAGAGGAAGCUUAGAAGAGUGGUUGCAUCCAGUGGCAAUUGAUGUGGUUGAGGACACAGAUACUGCACCUAGGUUAAGUCUACGACAAAGACUUGAUAUUGUAGUUGAUGUUGCUAGUGCGUUGGAGUAUCUUCAUCAUAAUUGUGGUGCACCCAUAAUUCAUUGUGAUCUCAAGCCAAGCAAUGUCCUACUAGAUGAAGAAUUGGUUGCCCAUGUUGGUGACUUUGGGUUGGCUAAAUUUCUCUCAAAGAGCAUCAGUAACUCUAACGCAAAUCAGUGCAGCUCUCUCGGAGUCAGGGGAACUGUUGGUUACGCUCCACCAGCGUCUAGCAAUGGUGAUGUUUAUAGUUUCGGAAUUCUUCUACUGGAGAUGUUCACAGGAAAAAGGCCUACUAAUGAUAUAUUCAGUGAAGUAAUAAGCCUUCAUCACUAUGUGAAAGAAGCUGUACCUGAACGUGUGAUCGAGAUUCUAGAUCACUCCCUUGUUGAAGACAUAGACUCUGAGAAGACAGAUAGCAGCUUGAUGUUGGAGGCACUAAUUUCUGUACUUGAAAUCGCAUUGUCUUGCUCAACUGAGGUCCCACGAGAAAGGCUGGAUAUGAGUGAUGUCACUGCAAAGCUAACAUCAAUCAGAAACAAGCUUCUUGGAACUAGAUUGCAACAAAGAAGGAGAAUUCGUGCAGAUAAUGUUCCAGCUACCCUAUGA